AGCAUUCCAUCAUUUUCACUCCAUUAAAAAAAAAAAAAAAGAUCUAUUCAAACAUGUCUUUCCUUAGUAGGGCGGGCAUUGCUGCCACUCGUUCAACUCGUGUUGUUCAAAAGAGAUUUGGCUCCCAUGCUGCUCACCACGGCCCCGAGGCCCCUCCUACCAGCGAAGCCUUCACCUCUAACGGAUUCAAGCUCGCUUUGAUCACUGCUGUUGGUUUGCUCGUCUGGUCUCGCGUCGACGAACACCUUACUAGCCAGGGCGAGGAAAAACAUCCUUUAACCCGCUAUAUUGAGUACUACAUGCGCUCUGAGGAAGAAUCCAACCGCAUCAAUGAGAAGCACAUCAAACUUGCACAGGAAGCUGCUGAAGACCUUAAAUUCUAUGCUACUAUCACGCCUCCUCCCAAGGUUCCGCUCCGUUACCCUGAUCUGCUGCACAAUGCCUCAGGCAGAUGUAUCGAGGUUGGCUCCACGGUUGAUACCAAUGUCACUCCCAAGUUUUCCUAAAGCUCUCCGCGGCUGCCCUUGCACCUCCUCUCUCCACUUACUCUCUUUGUCUUCCUCUCGUUGAUGUGAAAUGACAAACCAAUAGUUUAGACCGCAGAAAAAAAUAAAAACCCAAUAUACAGGUUAUGGAACGCGUCCAC